CAUAGGCAGCAUGGAGCGGCGUAUGCAAUGUGCAGGGCGGAGCCCGGGGGAGGAGGUUCCCGCCGUUACUCUGAUUUGAACGACGCGAAGGGUAGAACACGCAUGCUGUCUCUCGAUCCACGCCUCUAAGCACAAACCAGCCAAUCAGGGACAAGUUAAGGACACCUCUCAUAGUGUCCGCAUUUUGAUGACGUCACGUCCCAUAACGGAGGAACUGGAAGAGGCGGCGCCAUUGGGUGAGAGAUGGUGGCUGUGGUGUUUCUGUCUGUAGCACAGGCCUGAGAGGAGAGUCGUGCUGCUCCUAACGUGCGCCGUCUGCAGCUACUACCGGGUACUCCGACCUGCGCCUCUCCCGCUGCGCUUCCUCACCGGGGGACCCGUCUCUUACCGCCGUGUGUCGUGCUGCUGCAGCGGAGCUCGUUUCCCCCGUGUAUCCUGCGCCGGGUGGGGAUGGCCGGCUCUAAGUGAGAGGUGUCCUGCAGCUGGGAAGUGCCCGGGGUGGGCAUCUCAGGAUAAAAUAUGCAGAAUUUAGCAGCUGAAGUAACCAGUAGCUUGCUGCGGUUUCCUGACGCAACAGUAAAAGCACUUCAAGAGGAUGAAAUAAGUUUAGAUUCUGUUUUGCGUGCUAAGUUUGCUACUGGGAAAUCUGGACUUGCCUGGUUGGCUUGUGGACCACAGUUGGAAGUAACCAACUCUGUAACGGGGGAAAGGCUUUCUGCUUAUCAGUUUAGUGGCGUGACAGAACGACCUCCCACUGUUGUGGCUGUCAGAGAAUUUACCUGGCAGAAGAAGACUGGAUUUCUCUUGGGUCUAGUGGAAGCCGAAGACAGUGUUCUCUGUCUUUAUGAUGUGGGGAUAUCAAAAGUUGUUAAAGCAGUCAUGCUUCCCGGAUCGGUAACUGCUGUUGAGCCUAUAGUAAAUCAUGGCGGGGCCAGUGCGAGUACUCAACACUUACAUCAGAGCUUGAGAUGGUUCUUUGGUGUUGCAGCCGUGGUUACAGAUGUCGGCCAUGUUCUUCUUAUUGACUUGUGUUUAGACGAUGUAUCAAGCAAUCAGGAUGAACUGGAUGCAUCAGAUCUUGAAGUGAUGAGUGGCAUACCAGCUGAAAUCCCCAAACUCAGGGAUGCUGCAAAUAGAGAGAGGCGACACUUGUGUCUUCAGUUAUUGGCCCCUUCGGGAACCCCGGUAUCUACACUAAGCUAUAUAACCAAAACUAACCAGCUGGCUGUUGGCUUUUCUGAUGGAUAUCUCUCCUUAUGGAACAUGAAAACUUUAAGGCGAGAAUACCAUGUUCAGGUGGAAGGAGGUAGAGUUCCUGUGUUUGCUGUUACUUUUCAAGAACCUGAAAAUGACCCACGGAAUUGCUGUUACCUUUGGGCAGCUCAGACUAGUCAAAGUGGACAAGAUAUAAGCCUGCAUUUGCUACAGUUGGCUUUUGGUGACAAAAAAUGCUCACCAUCAGGACAAAUCUAUGAGAAUUUGGAGUAUUGUGAGGAAAGGUACAGCUUGGAUCUUUCAGCUAAUGUCCUGACUUUGAGGGGGCAAGCAACAAGUACCAAAUUACUUAGUUGGCAGACCAUAGAGAAGUGUCAUGCACAUAAUGAAAGAGAAGAUGGGCUCCUUGAAGUCACAUCUCCUGAUACCAGUGUGUCUGUAUUUUGCUGGCAAGUCAAUACUUAUGGAGAAGCUAAACCUUCCAUUUAUAUGGGAGUGUUUGAUAUAAACCGUUGGUAUCAAGCCCAGAUGCCAGAUUCUUUAAGGCCUGGUCAGUUUCUUCGAAAUUGCUCUUAUUUUGCAUUCUGGUCGCUUGACGCUUUGGUGAAUGUGACUGAGGACAGUAUAUUUGACAUCCUUGUGCACGAACGUAGUCUUAGCAGAGGAGUUCCACCUUCUUAUCCACCUCCAGAGCAAUUCUACUACCCAAGCACCUACAAUUUUGAUGCUGUAUGUUUGCUGGCUUCUGGAGUAAUUCAUAUAUCUUGCACUGGUUUUCAAAAAGAGACCCUUUACUUUUUGAAAAAUUCUGGAUCAUCAAUAAAUGAGACUGUUCAUGAUGGCUAUAACAGAUGCUUAGUAGCUGGACUGCUCUCCCCAAGACUUGCUGAUAUUCAGCCCUCUAGUUUGAGUCAAGAAGAACAAUUAAAAGCUGUAUUGUCGGCUGCUGUUGAAACCAGUUCCAUUAGCCUUUUAACCCGUUGUAUAAAGCAGUGGACUGCAGAAGAGCAACCAAGAUCUGCUUCAAACCUUCGCUUUGUUCUUGAAUGGACAUGGAAUAAAGUGGUCCGUACUAAACAAGAUUUUGACCAACUGUGUGUACCUCUGUUUGAUGGAUCAUGUAACUUUAUUGACCCUCACACAUUGCAGUCUCUACAGCACUGUGAGUUGUGUCUCACUAAUCUGAACACGGUCUUCAACUGUUUUUUAUCCGAGGCCCAGGAGCUCACUGAACAAGGUUUAAUAGAUCUGACCAACAAAAAGUCGGUGACCAAGCUCUUAGCUCAGUACACCUCGGUUGUCCUCUGGUUUUGUCGUUGUGGUCUCCUACCAGAUAAUUUAGAUGAAGCACUUCAAUUGACCAGACCGUACUACAAUUAUCAACUAAUGCAGCACUACUACACAGAAAGGCGGAAAAAGAUGGAACAUUUAUCUAGUGGGAAGUGGAACAGUUCAUUGAUGAUUGAUGGUAUGAUUUGCCAAUUUGGAGAGAGAAUUGAGCACUUAUGGAGUAGAGAUGGAGGCUCUGGCAAAUAUCCGCCUGCUAACUUGCAUGCACUUCUUGAUUUGUACCUACUGGAAAAUGUAGAAGAACCAAGCAAACAUGCAAUUACAAUUUAUUUUUUGCUAGAUAUCAUGUAUUCUUUUCCAGACAAGCUUGAAUCCUCCUUAGAAUCGUUCCCUACAGUUUUUUCUGUACCCUGUGGACUGAUCAAGCUUAUGCAAGGAUUUUGGCUUCUGGAUCACAAUGACAACAAUGAUAACCAGAAUUCAGUGGACUGUAUUCUUCAUCCAUCAGCGAGUCCAGUGAUGACCUGGCAGCAUAGCCAAAUUAUUGAGAUUUUGAUGUGCCAAGGGGAUCACAGACAGGCCUUGCGCUAUAUCCAAGUGAUGACUCCUCCUGUAGUUACCAACACAGAAGUCAAACUCCACAUGACAGUGCUCCUGGCCAACAAAUACAUUUUUGAAGCCUGGAAUCUGCAAAGACUUCACUGUAGCAGACUGAAUGUUGAAGAACUAUUAAUGCACAUGUAUGAAACCUGUCAAGAAAUGGGGCUUAUGGAAGACUUGCUUAAAUUCACAUUCACAGAGUCGGAACAACACUAUUUGCAUAAGUUUUUGCAUGCAAGUGGAGGUGUGAAAAAUCAGGAGCUACUUUUAUUACAUCAUUUGCAGAGAGCAAAUUAUGUCCUAGCCCUGCAACUGAACCAGUCAUUGAAAAGCUAUAAUCUGAAUGACUGUGACCGUCGUCUACGAGACAGAGCAACGACUAGAAAUUCUAUGCUGGAUCAGUAUAGUAAAAUAAUGCCAAAAGUACAGCGAACCCUAGUGAACGAGAGGGCCAAGCCCUACCCAUUGUCAUCAAUUAUUUGGAAUAAAGUGCCAAAACCAAAGCCUUUAUCUACGGCUGUCAAACAGGCUCCUAGGGGAAGUGUAGUAAGUCGAGCAAGUUUUAUCAGCAAUGUGUUGUUGAAAGUAAAGGAAGUGUCUGUUGCAAGUGUAGAAAGAGAAUUCUCUCCUCGCAAAAGUUUGAGCAAUGAAGUCCAACAUACAAUAUCUCCACUGCCACAUUCAGAAGUACCGGAUGCUUUUAUUGGUGUGCCUAUGUCAAAUUCCAAGAGGUUGUCCAGAUUUCUGGAUUCUGUUGUCCAUCCAGUCAUGGCAGAGCCGUCACCCCUAAUCACAGAUUUUGAAAGUGUCAAUCAAAAAACACCUCAUAGAACUUCUAUGCCACUGACCUCUAGCCCUUUUCGGUCAAGUCUACUCAAAACUGCACAGUUAAAAAAUCUUGCCAGAGCAUCUGAAUUUAAUCUCUUGGAAACACCUCCUGUAGUCAGGAAAGCAAAGGCCUUGGCUGCAAGCGCAGCUUUUAUUGCACAUACUCCUCAAUCUAUACUAAGGUCCACUCCUCUAGCUUCUCCUUCUGUAUCUCCCGGGAGAUCGGUUGCGCCUUCUUUGCAAUCCAAGGAAACCAAAAUCUCUUUUAUGGAUCAAAUUAAUAUAAAAUAUACCAAAGGGAUUUUAACACCUGAUCGAGAUCUGCCAACAUCCUCCCCUAAACGGAAAUAUUCCCAAGAUAAUUCUUGGGCAGAGAGCUUGGCAACAUUUACACACAACACUUUCACAAAAGACAGCGAGGAAAUGGAUGUGUCUUCAUCUGUUGUCCAGGAUGAGAGCCCAAGUCAAAUAGAGGCCACUAAAGAUGCAAGCAAUGUGUCUGCAAAGUCUGAUCAGACAACGUUGGAGUAUCAUGAUGCUGCCACACCUGAGGACUUGGAAGUCAUGGAACCAGAAGAGAGAGACAUUGAACAAGGAAAUAUUGAAUGUCUUUCCUUACUUGAAAAUGGAUCCAGUGUACUGCAUAAGUUAACUCCAUUGCAAGAAAUUGAUUUACCAGUUGAGAGUGUGUUAGAACCAACAGAAGGCAAUGAACAGCCUGUUGUAUUUGAACCAGAAUCCGUUUCAUCUGCCAAGGACUCUGCAUCUGUUAUCAGUAUUCAUGAUAGUGAAGAAAUUCAGAGUGUACUUUCUGAACCCCUUAAAGAAUUGGAAGUAACGGAAGCAGUUGAAUUUCAGUUUGUGGAAGAGAGUGUUUCAUUGGUUGAAGACCUUCCUGCUGCCACUUCUCCAUUGACUCACUGUGUGGAGGUUCAGAUUGUAAAUGAAAAGGAGAUGACUGUUGAAAUGUCAGAGCCAGUACCAAUAGAGACCUAUCCGGAGGUGUAUCCAGUGAAGUGUAAUGCUGAAAAUCCUGUACAUGCCAACCAAUUUCAACUUGGUGAUGGCAGAGAGUCUGUAGAAAGUGACACAGAUGUUGAAGAAGAGCACUUUGUAGCUUCCAAUGAUUUUACUUUGAUACUUGAAGGUGAUGCAGCAGAUGAUGAAGCUGUAGACCUAGAACCAAUUGAACAUGAUCAUCCUCGUGACGAAGCACUGAAAGAACCUUCUAUGGUUUCCUGCACUUUGGUUGACAAAAAUAUCUAUAUAGAGAAACAUAUUACUAUAGAUGAAUGCUCUGGAAAUACCUCCACUCUUGGCGGUGAACAAGAGAUAAAGAAUAUGGAAAUAUUGCCUUGUGUGCCUGAGCCAAUUAAAGGGGACAUAGCAGAAGACUUACUUGAUGAUUUAAAAGAUACUAGAAGUAAGGAUAUAACGGCAGAGGUUAAUAGUGACUCUGUUUAUGAAAAUGAGUCUGCAAAGCAAAAGCAAAAUUCUCAUACCUCUUCAAGAUCACCUGUAAAAAGAAUGCAGCAACCACACUCUGAAGAUCUAUCUGUUAACAUAGCAAUUCCACCAAUAACUCCACCUAAAACAUCAGAUGAACAAACCGUUAUUGAAUUGAACAAACUGCAUACUUCUCCAAGUGAAGAGAAAUCUGCACUUAUUAAUCCUCCAACCCCGCACAGAAGUGUAAGGAAGUCUACAAAGUCUUCUGCAAGUUCUAAUGAUGAUUCAGAAGUUCAUCUCCCCACAACUCCCAGGAGAAGUGGUAGAAAAGCCAAAGAAAAUACAGAAAGUCUAGCAACAGUGUUACCCAUUGUGCAAGAGGAACAGCUAACGGUUAGUACAAUCAGGAUUUCUAGAAGGACAAAAAGUUCUGCGUCUGAGAAACCACUAUCCACAGAUGAGCAACAACCACUAGUAGAAGAAAUCACAACAAAGAUGCCAUCCUCUCCAGCUAGAACACGAAGAAGGAAAGCAACUGCAACAGAUGAUCAAAUACAUAACGAAGAGCAUGAUGAGCUAAAAACUGCGAUACCUCUGACACCUACCAGAAUAACAAGAUCAUCUAAAAUAGUACCUCAGAGUGAAAAAGAAACUUCUGUUAAGAAUGUAGAAGUUGAACAGCAAUUUACUACACCAUCUAGAGGCAGAAAGGGAAAAAAUGCUGUAAAUGAGUUGGUCAAACAUUUUGAGCUUAAUGCCUCCCAAGCCAUGAACAAGCACGAGUCCAGCCUACCUGUUUCUCCUAAGAGGCUGAGAUGGUCAAGGAUUAAAUCAGAAAAUCAUAUGGACCCAAAAAGUGCUGAGGGAAUAGAAAAUGUGAAGUUGCAAGAGCAAAUAAAAGAUACACCUAGGAAAAGGAUGAGAAAAUCUACCAUCAGUAAACCGGAUAUUGGGGAAACCACAGUUGUUCCUGAAGAACAUCUUGUAAUAAAUCCAGAGUCUUCAGCCAGUAGAAGCUUGAACAACAAAACAAAUACCACAGUGAGACAAACUAGAAAAAAUGUACUUCCUUUACCAUCCGAGGUAAUUGUGAAAGAAAGGUUGCAGUUACCAAAGAGCCAAGAUAUAGUGCAUAAUGCUGCCAUUAAGGAGCAGAAGAGAAGCACCCGUUUUACAAGGACUAGAUCUAAUAAUGCAGCUUCAUUUCUGGGUACCCCUGCUGUUCCGUUUGAGUUCUCCUCCCCUACUCCAAAACGAAGAAAGAAUGCGAAAGCUGAACAAUCCACAAUCUCUUCAGUGGAAUUACAGCAACAUGUAGCCUCUGAAUUUGUCUUCCCUCCACCCUCUUUGAGGACAAGGACAUCUCGAACACCUGCUAAUGUAACACUAAAGGACAAGGAUGCAGAAGCCCAGAAAUCCUAUGAGGCAGAUGCUGAAGAACCUGUAGUAAAACGAAGAGGCAGACCUCCAAAAAUCAGUGCAAAGAAACAGGACAAGCGAUCCGAUAAGGUGGGUUGGUCACCGCCACCUGUAGAAAUUCAGCUGCUUUCACCUCCAGAAAGCCCAACUGUCAAUUCAGAAGCUGUACAGUCAUCACCAACAGAAUCCAGAGCUGCUCAAAGAAAUUCAUUAAGGAAAUCAAGACGAAUAGUAACCUCAAAACAUGUGACACGCCGGAAGAUCAGAUGAUUUUUCCUUUUCUCUUUUUUUAAAAUCUUAAUGAGUCAUGUACUUGUAAAUAAACUAAACAGUAGUUAUUAAAACAUACUGGUAGGGAGAAUAAUUUAUAUUUAUAAUGUAAAUGUUCUUAAAUUCGAAAUUUAAAAUUACAUGGAGUGGAGUUUUCUUUCCAGACAAGGACAUUUUAUUCUAUUUUGUAUCAAAUCUUCAUACAUUUAUAAACAUGUAUCUAUGCCUUCAUGGAAUGUUAAAUAAAAGAAUUAACAAUAUUUUA